AGAACCAAGGGAUAAUUUCAUACGCAAGUAGUAAAUAUUAUCUACAGCAGUAUGUAAGGAUCUAUUGUUUUAAUACAAGCACCUGUUACAUUGUUAUUUCAGAAUUACAUGACAGCACAGGAGUUGAGUAACACUAAACAUCAGGAGAUAAAUCACUGGAUUAUCAGCUUUAGAUAUUUUGAAGCUGCCCCUGGCCUCAUUUCUACAAGCAUUGUCAGAGUUGUCUCAAGAUUGGACUACACCUGCUUCGUAUGAUUGUGUUUCCACAACAAACCAUGUUUUCCACCUUAGCAAGAAUCCUUACUGCCAAGAGGUACCCACCUGCCCGGAAACACAGCCAAUGUUUGCUCUUCUUACUGAAACAACUCACUACUAAGUCAGUGUUCUGCCAGAGUGUCAAAGGAUUACCGUCAUAUGCUAAUGUCACACCGAAACAUCCGAGGACUUGUCUUUUUGCAAGAAAAUCGAGAAAUCCGAUUCAGUUCCGUUUUGCAUCUUCAGUCUCGCAAAAGGAUGAUGGAUAUUUGUUGAUUCAAUACAGAGACAAAGAGGUUGAGCUGCCAUACAUCUGGCUGCGAGAUCACUGUCGGUGCGAAAUCUGCUACAAUCAUACCACUUCUCAGAAGAAUGUGGACAAUUACACUCUGUCAGACGAUCUAACCCCUAAGAGUACCCAGCUGGUAGAGGAUGGGGAACAACUCAGGCUGGAAUGGCCUGACGGACAUCUCACACAUUUCGACCUAGCAUGGCUGGUGGAACACAGCUACUCCACCGUAUCAAAAUCAAAGACGCCUUUUUAUUUGUGGGACAAAGAAUCCCUCCAGAGGGAGCCACUUCCAGUAGUACCUUAUGACGCAUACAACGAUGACUCAGGAGAUGGCAUCAAGAAAACUUUGCAAAAUCUCCUCAAGUAUGGAUUCUCUGUUAUAGAUGGGGUGAGUCAUCCUGGGGAGUUAGCCAUUAUAGUGAAUGUGUGGCCUGACGGACAUCUCACACAUUUCGACCUAGCAUGGCUGGUGGAACACAGCUACUCCACCGUAUCAAAAUCAAAGACGCCUUUUUAUUUGUGGGACAAAGAAUCCCUCCAGAGGGAGCCACUUCCAGUAGUACCUUAUGACGCAUACAACGAUGACUCAGGAGAUGGCAUCAAGAAAACUUUGCAAAAUCUCCUCAAGUAUGGAUUCUCUGUUAUAGAUGGGGUUGAGGCAUCCAUUAAAGAUACUCAGGAAACUGUGGAGAGAAUCACGUUCCUUCAGGAGAGUGUGUUUGGACGUAUGUGGAGCUUUACCUCUGACCUCCAGCGAAGUGAUACAGCUUAUACCAACCUGUUCCUAGGAGCUCACACAGAUACUACAUACUUGAACUUGCCUGCAGGGAUCCAGGUGUUUCACUGCUUGUGGCAUGAUGGGAAGGGCGGUGAUACACUGUUGGUGGAUGGGUUCCACGCAGCUGAACAGUUCCGCAGAGAUCAUCCCGAAGACUUUCAGUUCCUAACUCAAGUUGAGAUUUCACAUGAGUAUAAGGAGUGGAACAGGAAUCACAUCCUGAGUCAUGGGACCAUCCUGCGUGUACAUCCCGGCUCAAACGACUUGAUGCUUAUCAGAUUCAACCCAUACGACAUGGCACCCCUCGACACACUUCCACCACGAGAUAUACCCAGGUUCUACUCUGCAUACUCCAAACUGGCCUCCUACAUCAAGAACCCUGCUAACGAGUUUUGGCUCAAACUCCACCCAGGCAUGGUCCUGCUUGUCAACAAUUGGAGGGUGUUACAUGGAAGAGCCUCCUUUUCAGGAAGGAGGGUGGUGUGUGGCUGUUACCUGCCCAGAGAUGAUUGGAUGAAUAAGGCUAGAGUGUUCAACUUAGUGUAACUGAAGUCUCAUGCAUGUGUGAUACUGCUGCCCUGGAAACAAGAAACAGGAAAUUAAUGUAUUAGUAUUACCAAAUUUGAGAAGGAAAUGCAAAGUAAUGCUGAAGGGGUCGUUGUCGGCACAGGUACUACACAGCGUGUGAGCGUAUGUCAUUGCAACCUUUCCUGGGGCUUAAUUCACAAAGUGUCCAAAACACUGUGACAGUCGUAAGUCUUUGAUAAAGCAUUACAAUCACCUAAGUGGUAUGAACGCUUUGUGAAUUGGGCACCUGGCAUUUUUCUCUUAAAUUGUUUCAUGAUUCAAUAGGGUCAAUGUUUGGCACCAGAAGAGAUUCAAGGUUGUUGAACUCACUGCUUGAAAAUUCAACAUUUUUUUUCCAUUGAUAUCUUUGUUAAUCUUUUUUCCCAAACUUAGAGGGGAAAUUGGCUGAAGAGAUGGUCAGUUAUGUAAUUUCAACAUUGUUUGAAGAAUCUUCUUCAGAAAUCAAUCAUGGCUUUCAUUAGCAAUAUUGAAACUACGGAAAGGCAACAUGUAUAAUUUGUCUUAAACAUCUUCUCUUCAGGGACCAACGGAUGUCUGACGAGUCAUACGCUUGUUCCUACCAAUGAUGACACAACAGAUUUGUGUCAAAUUCAGUUUUCAAUAUGGCCACCAUAUCAACUGAUAAAUGUAUUCAUGAUUUCUGUCACUUUUGUUCAAAAUGUAAAAACAUAUUUGGAGGUUAUUUUGACCAUGAUCUUAGAUUGUUUCAAAAUGCAUAUUUGGUUCUGUAAACUUCUUCCCGGACUAUACUGAAAUAAGUAGACCAAAGGAGCUUAAGCAUGUACGUUUUGAUCAUAUUUUGUUCAAUGUUUUGAGAUCAUUACAUAUUAGUAUCAGAAGUUAGUUCUCAUUAAAGUGAGUUAACAUUUAACCUUACCUCUGCUAUUUAUAUUUAGUCCUCAGUAUUUAUGCA